AUUUGAAUAAAUGUUGGCAGAACUUAGCUUGAAUAACAAAUGAACGUCGUGUUUAGACGUUAUUGUUGUUUAUCAGUUGUUUAACAGCUAAAAAACAAAGCGUUGAUAUUUAAAUGACGUAAUCACGACAACGCGCCACAGGCAUGCACGUGCGGAAGUGGAGUUUGUUGUUGCUGCCCCUUUGACUCGUUUCUACUCUGAUCAAAAAUACGGGUUGUUUUAAAAUGAAGAACCUGGACUGUUGUGUUUCUGCUUGUGAAAACCUUCGUACCUCAUCCACCAAAGUUAAGUUUUACCGGUUACCGUCGGCACAUCAGGUCAACCGAAGACGUUUGUGGCUGCAAGCAAUUCAACAAGCCAACGGCAGCACCAAGGAACUCAACGGAAAUGCUCGUGUUUGUGGCGCACAUUUUACAUCAAGAGUUGCGUCCAUGGACCCUAACAGUCCUGACUUUGUUCCCUCUGUGUUUACUAAACGGAGCCCAAAGAAGAAAGCGAAAAAAUACUUUACUGGUAAAAGAAGGCGUCUCCACAAAACCGUCAUGAGCAAGGAUAACCUAAAGUCUCCGUCCAAGGCUGACUCUCCUGUGGACGACCAGUCAUCUGUUUUGAUGGACACUAACACUGAACUUUCACCGGAUGCACAGACACCAUCAGCCUCUUCAAUACCAAAGGAUGAAUCUGAAGUUACAACAAUCAAGCCACAAGCAUCCACCCCAAACAAGACAUCCCCAUCAGUAAAAGUAUCAGCAUGCACACUGAAUCUAAACAAAAUGAAACCUAUUGUGCUUCUGAAACAUAUAGUUGUACCAGAAAGUGGGUACUGGUGUGCACUGAGCAAUGAGGACUCCACUGCUGAAUCUCGGCUUGUAAGAGACAUACAACUGCAUGAAGAACAAACACAAUUAGUCUGUGUGAAUUGUGGAAUGUUGUUCACAAAUCAGGUCAGUCUUACACAGCACUGUUGUGCUAAAAAUGAUGAGCCGUCCUUUCCGUGCAACAUAUGCCACCGAUCUUUCCCUUCAAGCAGAUACCUGAAGCGUCAUAAACUGCUGCACGUCAAAGAUGCCAGGAAGUGCGGCAAGUGUGGAGUGCUCUUCUGUCGACGUCAUAACCACGUUAUGUCGUGUCCUAUAGCUAAGGCUGUACCUGAGACUGAAGAGGAUUGCUCUGAAAAUGAAGAAAGUAACAGAUAUAUUAAAGCAAUACCAGAAGAAAGUAAAAAGAUUCAAGAAGAAAGUAAAAAAAUGCAAGAAGAAAGUUAUCUGAUGCUGGAAGAAAGUUAUCUGAUGCUGGAAGUAAGUGAUCUGAAGCCAGAAGUAAGUGGUCUGAAGCCAGAAGUAAGUGAUCUGAUGCCAGAAGUACGUGAUCUGAUGCCAGAAGUACGUGAUCUGAUGCCAGAAGUACGUGAUCUGAAGCAAGAAGUACGUGAUCUGAUGCCAGGCGUAAGUGAUCUGAAGCUAAAAGUAAGUGAUCUGAUGCCAGAAGUAAGUGAUCUGAAGCAAGAAGUACAUGAUCUGAUGCCAGAAGUAAGUAACCUGAUGCCAGAAGAAAGUAAUCUGUUACCCGAGGAAAGGAAUUCACCUGAUGAAUAUAAUUUGAUACCAAAUUACAGUGUACUGGUGAUGCUUCAGCAAAGCCAGACUCAUGAAAUGGAUGAAGAUGCUCAGAAUGCUGUGAUUGUAACACCUUUGCUCACAACUACUAUGUCUGCACCCCCAAUCCCUACACCUUUAUCUGAGGCCCAUAAUGUCUCAUACUGUGAAACCAAACCAAAAAUCCCUAUAUCACGGUUGGAAAAAACUUUCUCUCUGCCACACCCACCAGCAGACAAGCCCUCGGUGAAGAAAAAUAACGUAUUUAGGCCACACCCACCAGCAGACAAGCCCUCGGUAAAGAAAAAUAACUUAUUUAGGCCACCCCCACCUCCAUGCCCUGCUGCCUUCCUUAAGCAACCAGAACUCCCAACCUCACUAAAGAUCUUUUCACCUCAAUACCUCACGUCGGCAUUUCUUGAGGUUAAAAGAAAUUAUGAUUAUAUCUUAAGCAAUCCAGUAAAUGUUCAGGGGGCUGUGGUGAAGGAGGAACCACGCAAGCUGCCACAAGUUACUCCACAAAAGCGAAUCACUAAGCCAGUCAAGAGAGAAAGAAUUGCUUAUGACAUGGAAAUUGAAAUCUGACUUUUCUCACUUUUAACAGAAGACCUUGGAUCAGCAUUGUUAAACGUUUCUGACAAAUAAUUUGCCAAAUUGUUAGACUGACCCAUUGGUCUCAAGCAUAACUCUUUUAAACACUAAAGCGUAAAAUAAUUUGGGCUUGUAUGGAAGUACUGUUAUGUUAUAUGUUUAUGAAUGUACGGCUGCACUCUCCACUUAAAUACUUCUCCUCAUAACCUGCUGUUAUAUUUUAAUGUAGGAGACUAAACUCAUUAAGCUGCUAUUUUUAUACUCGGUGAGAGCUCUUCAGUUGAGACGAUGUUACUUCUCAAUUCAGGAGUUGGAUGUUUUGUACUGUGCCUGUAAUAAAGGUUUAAUCUGUGCUGUAAACUGUAAACAUUUAUUUUUUUGUCAUCUAUUACACACGGAUCCACGAUAUUAUAUGAGUACAAUUUGCACUGUAUGCAAUACAACUUUAAUGUUUUUGAUAUUAAACUCUGGCUGUUGUUGAGAAAGUGAA